UUUCCCUUACCUAGAACACAGUCGAUUGUAAACUCAUCUCUUCGUUUUGCGUUUUGCAUCUACUUUUUUUUGCAGUACCGGUACUGUACUGUAUAUAUUUUUUUUUUGUGUUGAGACUUUGUUUCAAUUUAAAGGAUACAGAAUGAGGGCUAUGGUAUUUGCUCUAAUUGUGGGAGUAGCGGUGGCACAGAAUCAAAAUUACCAUCAGGAUCAGGGGAAAAAUCAGUAUCGUGAAGAAAACAGAAAUGAGGAAAGGCGUGUUAGCACGACACCAAUUCCAAUUCUUCAGUGGAACAAACAACAAGAACAUGAUGGAACCUAUAGAACAAGCUACGAGACCGGUAACAACAUUAUCGCGGAAGAGAGCGGCUACCUCAAGACGGUUGGUGAGGGUGAAGAUCAAGUCGAGUCACUCGUCCAGCAAGGAAGUUAUUCCUACACAAGUCCUGAGGGUCAAUUGAUAACAGUUCAUUAUACGGCUGAUGAGACUGGAUUCCACGCUUCUGGUGAUCAUAUUCCAACUCCGCCGCCCGUCAGCGAGGAGAUACAGAAGGGAUUGGAUCUUAUUUUCGAGGGAAUCCGCAAACAACAGGAAGCCGAUGCUCGUGAAGCUGCUCAAAAAUCAAACCAACCACUCAGUCAGCAGGUGGACAGACAACACGACGACAGAAAAUAUCGACAAUAAUGAUUUAAAAAUAAAUACCAAAUUGCAAAUCUUAGUUUAAGUUUAGAUCAUAAAAAAAGAAACAUAUUCUUGUAAACACCAAUCAUCGAAAUACUCAUAAUUUAAAGACAAAAAAAAAAAAAAAAAACGAAAAGCAUUGUUUAAAGAUUCAUUUUCUUUCUGUCGUAAUAUCACCUCUUUGUAUCUCUUACUUUAAUAUUAAUAUAAUUAUUGUAUUUUAGUAUUAUUAUUAUUAUUACUAUUAUUAUUAUAUUAUUAUUAUAAUUUUUUUAUUCUCUGUAAAGACUAAGAUGCGAAAUGCACCCUUCGAUCUGUGCCAAUCCGACCAUUAUUCAUCAUAUCAACAGUAAAGUGAGAAAAUUCGUUAAA